AAGCCAUAGGAGCAUAGACGUUAUAAAUACAAAAUCCGCGCCAAUAUGUAAGAGGGGGAAGAAAGACUUGUUUGUUUGAAGCGGAUUGUGAAGUGGGGUUUCAUUGUCUAUAUAUUGGAACCACAAAUUUCUCAAAUAGGAGCCCCUUGCGAAUAACGGCACCUUUUCACCCUUCAGGUUAUAUCUUUUUACCGAUUUUCUUGUCAGAUCCUUUAUUUAUUUUAUCCCAUUCUCUUAGAGUGUCAAGCAUCGACUGACUCUGAUACAGCUUCUACUUAAUAGCGAUGCCUCAACAUGGAGAACCGCCAGCGAACGACAAAAUUGAGACGCAGGGGACCUAUCGUCUCUGGGCAAAGUCGGCGGUUGUAAGUUACCUGGACGGACGAACGGAGAAUAUCACCAACCCUCAAGGCUAUUGGAUCAAAGUAACCGAGGGGAUGGUUGUGAGAUAUUUUGAAGGUUAUCACUCCAGGGAAGAUGAACGACCGAAAUAGGGGGAGGAGCUAUUUUUUUCUCACUUUAGGAGUCAAGCUGAAUGGAGAAUAUACUGUGCGGGCUAUAGAGCGGCUCGAUGAUCAUCCUCUAAUAGACUUAAACUUGACAGCACCUGAGACUGGAGGCUUAGUGCUCGAGCAAAAGCCAUAAAUGUGAACUAUGAUUGAGGGUGCGUGGCUGCAAUGAAUUGCUGGAUAGUACUUG